CCAUCACUAGGUGAGGGCAAGUUUCAAAUUGACACCAGUUCGUUUCAAAACAAGAAACUUUCCGCCAAGUCUUAAAGUAAUAAUGUUUAAGGUGCAGCGCGUGUGGCAUCAAUUGUGGCACUCUCAGAUAUUAUACAACAGUUCGCGGCAUUUCGCCAAAAAGAGUAAGGUCAAGUCAAACCACAGAGCCAUGUCGAACCCGAAGCCCAUGGUGCACCAGGAGCUCAUGCGCUAUGUAAAUCCUUAUGCCAGGAUCAAUGUGUACUCUGAUAUUUUUGUGCGAAUCCAGCCAGCUGAUGUUCAUCAAUAUACCAGCGGCGAUGCUCUUAUUGCUCAGCUCCAUGGCGAUUCAGUGAAAAACUCAAAUGUGUCACUCAAUGUAGAUGCCUCGGAUGAUGAAAAAGUAGUUAACGUGCUGAUAAAGAAAUUAGAGGAGAAAUCUUCCAAUAUUUUUUGUCACCUCAGCAUACCCGUUAGGGCUGAUCUAAUAGUAGAAGCUAAAGACAAUGUGCGGGUGGAAGGCAUACAAAGCGAAAUCCUAGAUGUCAAGACUGACGGAAUUAUCACAACUAAAAAUUGCAAGGCCAAUUGUAUUUCGUUAUUUAGCAAAAAUGGCAACAUCGUUUGCCUCGGCACAUUACUGGGUAAACACACAGAAAUAGAUUCACACAAUGGGAACAUUUUUCUGGAAAAGCUUCAAGGCAACGUUUUGAACUGCUCGACACAGUCGGGCAAUAUAAGUACAGACUGUUGCUACGUUGAGAAGUCAAAGUUUCAAACACUAACUGGACGGCUGGAAUUGAAAAAUGUUCACAAGACUAGUGAAGUGUUUGUUCAUCAGGUCGGCGAAAUCAAUAUGACUGGUGUCUGUGGGACUCUGAAUGUAGUGACCAAAGGAGGCAUCCUGAGCGUUCAGCUAAGUGAGCUGAUGGGUGAAAACAAAAUUGUGGCCGAUAAUUUAGUCAAUGAGGCUGUCAUUCAUAUAUCCCAGGUCAUUGAGCAGGACAUUCAUAUUGAUGUGAGAGCCCCGGUGAUUAAACUGAAUGAUGAACUAAAACACGUCUCGCAUGCCCUAAACGAAGAUAGUAGUCAAUUCCUACUUAAAAACGAAAAUAGUCAUCAAUUGCUAGUCAUUGGAACGAGCGAGAAGGGUGUUCGCCUCGGCAAACAGUCGUGGAGCGAUAUGAUGCGACAAAAACUGGAAGCCCUGGAAAACUCAAAGGUUCCAACUUAAUUUAAGAUUAAGAUUACAAAUAUAUUUAUUUAUAUUGUGCCAGUAA